CCGCAACGGUGGUCUCAGGUCCUCGGGCCCCGUGCAGUCAGUCCGAAGUGAGCUGGGAGCUGGCAUGUCGAGUACCGUGCACCGCGAGUUAUCAGCGAGUUGAGCAUCUCUAAAUCACGUAAACCUGGAAUAACAUUCUGCGUGAUUCGAUUCAGCGAGAUCCCGUAUGAUGAGAUCAGAUUGAGCGCAAUGACAUCGAGAUAUUUCGUGUUUGCCGCAGCUUUAGCGUACGUAUCUGCUGCACAAGUUUACAAGAGCUAUUCGUUGGACUCAUCUGCAACGUCCGAACCAGCAUCUACGAAUAAUGACUUCACCACGCAAACGGUCUACGGAUUUCUGGACUUCACCACGACACUCGGCAACACGGUGAUGGUCUUCAGCCCUCAAAGCGCUCCGCCAGAAGGGGACUCCAAUAAGAAGACUGCAUCUUCCAAACCACCGAUUCAUACAAAGCCGACGGAACUGCAGCAGCAAAAGAAGAAUGUCCCGGACAUCCAGCCUAGCAAGACUCACAAGGUCGAAACCCAGGAUGGCGAGACGAAGAAACAGAUAAAGGGCACGAAAAUUGUCGUGAAUUCCGUGGUCCAGCAGAACGUGGUGAACCCAUCCGAGAAUGCUGCAUCGAAGACGACGAAGAGUCAGGAGGCAAAUAAACAGGCAACAACGAAGACAUCAGUAUUGUCGUCUGUUGUUCAGAUACGUGCCAAGGAUGAAGCUCUAGGUGUAAAAAAUAAUCUCGCCGAACCGGAAUACGAUUUUCUCUCAAAACAGCCGACGGAAGUGAUCGAUGAAACUUACAGGUUGAUCAAUCUGCGACCCUCGUCGAAGCCUCAUCACAAGCCACGCGCGACCGCGCGAAGGGACAAGGAGAACCCGACCGGUCUGGUGACCAAGCUCGGGGGCACCGUCGUGAAGGACGGUCUCACUACCGUGCACGAGACUAGCGUAAUCGGCACCUACAUCAACGGCAAGUAUGCCCAGGUACUACAGAGCUCGUCCAGAAUCCUGACGGAGCCGAACGAACCAGUGAUCGAAGAUAUGAUUCGUCCGUCCAGCACAAAUCGAAUCCUGAAGACCAUAGGUCCGCAUCAUGGCAAGCUCAAGCCUCAACUGGAGCCCACUCCGACAUACCAGCAGCAGGAAGAGUCCUCCUUGCCCUUAGAAGCUCUCUUUAACGCACCCUCCGCCAAUCCAGUACGAACAACGCGAAGGCACUCGACCACCAACAAUCAGCCCAGGCUCAAAUUCCGAAACAAGAUUGCCGAUGAUUAUGAGAAUAAUGAACCGCAACAACAAACGAGAACGGGGAAAAAUCGCGCGACGACGACCCGCCCAAAUUAUAAGAAUCGUCCUAUAACCACUACCACCAGCACCACAGAGGCGUCGACCAGUCGCCGUCGCAGCGGUUUUCGUCCAAGUGGUCAAUCCACCAGCUCACUCUCGAAGCAAUCGACCAAAUCGAAGGGCAGUGAUCAGCAGCUAUCACCAACUGCCAGUCUUCCGGUGCCCAAGGUGAAGUUACCGAGGACACAAGGUCGCUGGUCGUACAAGACCACACCGAAGCCGAGGAUCAUGAUCCGCAAGCAGGCAGACGAGGAGGAUCCGCGAUCAUCAACUGAGGGAAGCACAACGGAAUCAUCUUUCGUGGUAAUUUCGGACGAGCAGACCAAGACGACGGUGACAACGAGCAACGCGGCCUCAUCCGGCAUCCAGAGAAAGGAGUUUGCGGAAGACGAGUUGGAUCCCAGCGAGAGCGAGGAUGUGGCCAGUGUCAGUGUGCAGCAGGAACACCAGCAGAAUGUUGCGGAGCAAAUCCUCCCGGUGGAAACGCUCAACGUGGAAAUCUCUACUGCGGCAGAUCUCGACAAUGUGUAUUUUGAGAUAGCAACUAUUAAGUCGCCGUACUCCUUCCAAGUUGGAACAGCCCGAAACACUCGCUACAUUACAGUGACUUCCACCAUCAAGAAGACCUUUGCGACGGCCGAACCGACUAGUUCCAUCGCACCUACCGAACCGCUUACGGAGAAUAUCCUGGCAAACACGGCAGCCGCCUACGAGUCGACUCUGCCGCUCGAUUCAUCCGUUGCGACGCUACCGGCAAUCUCUUUGGAUGCCAGCCAGGCAACGCCGCCGUUAGAGACGCGGACAGAGACAUUCUCGACGACGCAGACGUUGCUAAAGACACAUAUGUUACCAGUGAUUUACGGCGGCAAUAGCACCACCCGUUUGACCCUGGUACAAACGUAUAACAUCGCUCGAGUGGUGACGGCGACAAAAACACUUCCGCCGAUGGAAAUCUACCAGUUCAUCCCAAGCAAAACGCUGAAUGAAUUCAAUUCAAAGCUCGACGAGGCCGGUAGCGAAUUGCAUCUCGAGCUUGACUUCGGCGAUGACGAUCGUGAUGAUGAGGAUGUACCCAAGAGAGUGGUGGCGCCUAGCAACGAUGCCGAUUCCGAUCUGGAUAUCUUCAAGUCUUCAUUACCAUCCAAGAUCAAGAGCGACGUCGCUACCAGCAGCAGUGCCGAACCUCAGCUUACUCCGGAACAGGUGCAACAAUUGGCCCUGCUAAAAUAUUUCGGUCAACCGCAACCCCAAGUCAUCACCACAUCUAGGCCAGUGGUCGUUUUGGAAACGAUGUACGAAUCGCAUGUGAUUCCCGUAGUGAGCGCGGGAAAUACUAUUUAUUCGACAUUGUCCAGGCCAGUUGCCACUGUACCUAGGACCUCCUACGAAUAUGGCACAUCCACCCUGAGUCCGGUGCUGCAGCCACAGGUGCCGCAAGUACCGCUAUUCCCGCAGCAGCCACAGUUUACAGUAACAAGCGCGCCCUUGGUCACUCAGACUUUUGCCACCGUGUCCGACUCACGGGUAUUAAAGCUCACCUUCGGCGCUAAAACCGCUUAUACCACCCUCUUCUCCACGAGGGUCGUACCCACAGAGCUCACCACCUACGUUACUAACACGGUGCCAGUGCAGCCGACGGUACCGGCAUAUCCCGGUUAUUACCCAGCGCCGGUGCCCUAUCCACCUUUCCCCUUUCUCGGUUAGAUUUUAAUCUGAUCGUCGAGUCUUUUGCGGUUCAAUUGCUAUCACCAAGUAGAUUUGUUCCUUCGAACUAAAUGUUGAUAAUUCUCCUUGUACUACUUAUGAUAAACACUAUGAACAAUGCGUAAACACAAACAGUACGAUUUUAUUAAUUUAAUGGCUAUUUGUAAUGAGUUUGAGAAAUUUUUCGAUAUAAAUAUAUUAUUUCUCGCAAAUUUAUAUGUGCAUUGGUUGCCAUAUAUAUUUAUUGUUGUAUACAUAAGUUAAUAUUGUGAAAUAAUAAUUAAUAUUGAAUAAGUUUAAAUUAGAAAUCUGUUUUUGAAGUCAACGUCAUAUAUAUAUUUACCGAUAAAAAAUGUUAUUUUUCUAAUUAAAAUAUUAUUUUUCUUAAGAAAUGUUAACGUACUUAUUUGUGUUAAAUAACAUCGAUAAUAAUGCUGCAAUUUCAUAAUACUUUUCAAUAUAAUUUCUCGUAAUUAUAUAACUGCUGCAUAUAUAAUAGCGUUCAAUAACGAUUUGAGUUACUACAAGUAGAAGAUGAAAAAUCGCAGCAUAUCAGAAUAAUUACAAGGUUGCACAAUUUCGAAUCAUAUAACGAACUGAUCGACAAUGAUCCUAGUUGGACCGCAUCGAAAAUUAUUGUAAAUAAAUUAUUCAUUAUAAUAUUGUAUAUCGUAUAUUGUAUGUAUAUCGCGUAUUUUGUAAAUAAAUAAAAUAAAAACGUAAAA